AAGACUAAUGGUUGAGAGUUAAUUGUGUGGAAAGUAGUUGACACAAUAUUUGCACUCUUCCUCUCAUUCUCUUCACCAAAGACUCAUUCUCUUCUUCUUGCCAAUCAAUUCCAAUGGCGGAUACAAUAAGCGACUUACCAGAUUCAAUUCUGUGUCACAUUCUCUCUUUUCUUCCAACCAAACACGCCGCAACCACAAGCAUACUCUCAAAGAGAUGGAAACCGUUGUGGCUCUCAGUUCUCAAUCUCAACUUCGACGACGAAGCAUUCGAAAACUACAAAACAUUUCGCAAAUUUGUUUACUUAAUCACUUUCUCAUUGCGAGACAAAACGCUUCCAAUCCAUUCCUUUCGCUUCAAAUGUAGUGCCUAUAAUAGCUUCCAACCAAACGAUUUCAAUCCAAUUUUCAACUUUGUGAUGCAACGAGGACUCAGAAAUCUUAACCUCAUCAUGUUCCAUCGUAUCAAAUUACCUACUUGCAUUUUCAGUUUUAAGACACUUGAAGAACUUAAAUUGUCCGAUGUACAAAUUGGAGAUUUUGAUCAAAGGUUUUCGGAUAUAGGAGAUUUAGAUCUAGUGGAUUUUCCUCGUGUCAAAACUCUUCAUUUAAUUAGGGUUUAUUUCAAAUCACCUAAAUAUGUUGCAAAGUUUCUAUUAGGUUUUCCUAAUUUAGAAGAUUUGAAUACAGAAUUGUGUGUAUCUCGGUUGAGGAAGUCACUUCUUCCGAUUGAAAACUUGGAUGCUUUGCCUAAUUUGGUUAAAGCAAGGAUUUGUGAUUCGUAUACUCCAAUGUGUUUGGUUUGUAACGCAAAGAUUUUGCAUGUAGAAGAGUUGUUGCCUGCCUCUUGGACAAGACUUCCCUUGUUUAACAAUUUGACCCACAUGAAACUUAGUUUCAAUCCUUGGUUUUGCUAUAGGGAUUCUAUGUGGUUGCUAGAAAAACUUCAACAAAUCCCCAAACUUCAACAUAUUACUAUCAUUCAGGAUUGUAAAGAUGCUGAUAUUAUUAGUUACAAAUGUUCGGAGGAUCUAUCCACUGUUCCAGAAUGUCUUUCAUCACAUCUCAAAACAUGCUGCAUUACAGGUUUCAGAGGCUCAAAACAUGAGUUUGAAUUUGUAAAAUAUAUUAUGCAGCAUUCAAAAGUACUAGAGACCAUGACAUUUAAGAGUAUCUCCAUUCCAAAGUUCGAAUUGUUAAUGAAAUUAUCUUCAUGCACAAAAGGCUCUGCAACAUGUAAACUUUUAUUUCAAUCAGAGUUCAUAUCCCAAUUCCCUCCUACUAUUCUUGUUUUUGGUGUGCUUGUUGAUCUUACUUUUGUUUGUGUAGAUUUUGUUGCAGCAAUGUAUGUUGGAAUUGCAGGAGAGCUUGGAAAUGAAAAAAUAUGGAAUGGAGGGAGUAUAUAUAUUUCUAAUGCUGUGUGUUUUGUGCAAAUCAUGCAGUUGUUGCCUGCCUCUUGGACAAGACUUCCCUUGUUUAACAAUUUGACCCACAUGAAACUUAGUUUCAAUCCUUGGUUUUGCUAUAGGGAUUCUAUGUGGUUGCUAGAAAAACUUCAACAAAUCCCCAAACUUCAACAUAUUACUAUCAUUCAGGAUUGUAAAGAUGCUGAUAUUAUUAGUUACAAAUGUUCGGAGGAUCUAUCCACUGUUCCAGAAUGUCUUUCAUCACAUCUCAAAACAUGCUGCAUUACAGGUUUCAGAGGCUCAAAACAUGAGUUUGAAUUUGUAAAAUAUAUUAUGCAGCAUUCAAAAGUACUAGAGACCAUGACAUUUAAGAGUAUCUCCAUUCCAAAGUUCGAAUUGUUAAUGAAAUUAUCUUCAUGCACAAAAGGCUCUGCAACAUGUAAACUUUUAUUUGAUUGAUGACAACGGGUACGUCUUGUUUUUUUGAAGAAUAUGUAGUGGUUUUUCAUGAAAGAAAUAUUUUGGGAGUAAUUACUCGGUGACCAAUCCAUGUAAUGAAAGUUCUCCUUUUUAUUCUAUUAUGUGGUGUAAUCUGGUUGUUGAUUUUACGAAUGGUGGUAAAAUGCAUAACUAUGAUAUAUUUUGAGUUUUAUUUGAUUGCUUAAAACAUGAGAAUGCUUGAUUUUUUGGUUGGUUGAAGGUGUGUUUUGGAUCUUUGGUGUAUCACAAUAUUAACAUUUGAUGUAUACUAUAGCAUUGUUCAAUAGCAUUAUUUUUUAAAGAACUUGAUCAUGGAAACAAUAUUGCUUGUAAAGAAGAUUUUAAGUCUAAUUCAUAGACUUCUAUAUGUAGUCAUGAAAUAUUGAUGCAGAUUACAGUUUCUGUUUGUCAACACCAUCUAGAUUUUAAUGACUGAUCACUGCUGCAAUGAGAAUGAUAAGGGAUAAAGGAGUAGUUUACAGAGGAACUAGUUAUGGUUGGCUCCAAAAUACUUCCUACUAUCUAACUUCAAUAUACUUUUCAGCUGCUACUUACAUGCCAUGGAAAGAAUUUCAAGUUCCUAUCAUAAGUAUGUUAAGUGGUAGUAAGCUGUAAUGCAUUGAUUGAAACUUUGUAUCUUAGCCUUUGGAUUUGUAGCUUGUGUUGUACUUGAAUCUCAGCUGGUUAUUUGAAGCUGUCACAGAAUACUUCACAAUUCACAUUAUUCAGAAAAAAUAGUUGAGGUUUUUUUAUUACUCAUUGAUGUUGCAGCUAAAUAAAUCAGUUAUAUACUUUACUCCAUAUCUCCAAAAGUGUUCCUUUUCUCAUUAUAAUUGAUAUUUUACUAGUUCUUUGCUUGAUGAAGAAGCUCCUGAUACUUCAAUAUAAAUUCCUAGAUAGUUCAUAGAAGUUGAGUGCUAACUAACCUGUUGCAGCAAGUUUCAUGUUUUCUGUUGUUUGUAUUUUCCUUCAAAACAUUUCACUUUAUUUUAUGGUUGGUUCACUCUUUCACAACCCUGUCCAAGAUGAGUGAAAGUUGUUGGUUCCAUACUUUGAAAAAAUUAAAUUGAAAAGAUGGUGGUGACUGGUGGGAUUGACAACUCAUUCAUAAAACAGAAAUGGCCAAAUAUUAAAUAGAUAUAGCUAAAUUCUUAUGACUGAUGUCUGAGCUUUCUCUUGCAUGGUGAAUAGCAAUCAGAGUUCAUAUCCCAAUUCCCUCCUACUAUUCUUGUUUUUGGUGUGCUUGUUGAUCUUACUUUUGUU